CUACGUGAGGCUGUCGGGAGGCGUGCUGGACGCCGUUGCCCUUAGGAACAGCAGAGGGCCGGCUUGGAGCGGCCUCUGGAGUGGCGGAUAUGGCUGCCCCGCAAAGCCAGUCCAACUCUCCUCUGAGGGUCCUUGAGGAAGCUUUGGGCACGGGGUUGGCCGCCGCCGGUGACACGGAGGACGCAGAGGCGGCAGAGGGCGCCUACUACCUGGAGCAAGUCACUAUAACUGAAACAUCUGAAGACGAUUAUGAAUAUGAAGAGAUACCAGAUGAUAAUUUCACCAUUCCAGAAGGUGAAGAGGAUCUGGCAAGAGCAAUCCAGAUUGUUCAAGAACAGAUUACAGAUACUCAAAUUUUGGAACAGCAAACAGUUCUUCGUUCAAGGCAUGCAGUACCUGAAGUAAUAGAAGACUUUCUCUGCAAUUUCCUGAUCAAAAUGGGGAUGACCAGAACUCUUGAUUGCUUUCAGUUUGAAUGGUAUGAAUUGAUACAGAAGGGAGUAACUGAACUUAGACCUGCUCAGAGUGUCCCGGAUGUCUACACUCAGAUUAUGCUUUUAGAGAACGAGAACAAAAAUUUGAAGAAAGACUUGAAACACUUUAAACAGGCAGCUGACAAGGCUAGAGAAGAUCUGCAGAAAACUCAGAAAGAACGUGAUUUUCAUCGAAUGCAUCAUAAGCGAGUCGUCCAAGAGAAAAACAAAUUAAUUAAUGAUCUCAAAGAGUUGAAGUUACACUAUGCAUCUUAUGCACCUACUAUUAGAGUAUUACACGAGAAGCAUCACGCUUUACUGAAGGAGAAAAUGCUGGCCUCCUUGGAAAGAGACAGAGCUGUUGGGAAGAUUUCUAGACUUCAUGAAACAUUGAAGGGCAUGGAAGGAGGACUUAUUUCUUACAUUCCUGAAAUUAAAGUUCAUCAGACUUGUGAAAAAGAAAAUACUCCACAGGGUCCUACUCAGAAAGAUCUUCAUGAAGCCAGGGAACAAAACAAAUGUAAAACGAAGAAAAAAGACAAUACAAAGGCCUCCUUUGACAGAAAUCAAGAGGCACCUCAUAAGCUCAGAACAAGAUCAGCCCUCUGUCCAAGAGCAGCAGUGGAGAGGAAGCUCACAGGCUUGGAGUGGGCCCACACUUCUGCAGGAUACCACUGGCAGAAGAUAGCCGAGUGCAGGAGCACUCAGAAUAAGACCACCCACCUACAGCACAUCUCACCUACAGCUGGAACCAAAUGAGAGAUUCUGAGAAACACACCCAAUCCUGUUUUUCAUCAACACCUACAUCCUUUCUCCACAUUCUUUUCAGUCCCCAUAAGGAUCUUAUCGUUUAUUCCAACACUCUAAUUCUCCUUAAGACCUCUUGUAUACUUUUUCUGGCCUACUUGCUCCUCCUCCUUCCUGCUUUCUGACUCUCCAGAUUAUUUAUCUGUACUCACUGGAUCUCAAAUUUAGUGAACAGAAUUCUCUGUUAUUUCCAUUUCCACUGUAAGUAUUCUUACUGUCUUCUGUGCUAAAGCAAAUCUAGCUUUCCUCUAGUGAUUGUUCCUCCUGAGGCUAGUGGGGUUCUGAUAAAUGCUUAAAUGAUAAAUCAUCUCUCAAAAGAAAGAGGGGGGGAGAAGAAGGAGGAGGGGGGGAGCAAGAGUAGGUAGAGGAGAAAGGGAUAAAGAAGAGAUUGAAGAAGAGGUAAAUAUUUUCCCCACUCUAUACUCAAUUGUUACAUUGGUCCUAGAGUUCAGAUACAUAUUCCCCUUGCUUCUCCUUACUCCUUUCAGUUCUUCUCCCUCCCUCCUUUGGGAAUGUAUCAUCCUUUAGAUUUCACUAUGGUCAGAUUAUCCCACUUACCAUACUAUUUUAUUAUAGAUAGCUUUUCUAUACUUACUUUCGUAAAUUAAAAAAAUAAUUUUCACUUUCUUAAAAAUGAUUUCUGCCAUAAUAUUCCAUUAUUUAAAUAUUUACACGGAUGAGGCUUGUAACACUCUGGACUUUGAGUUCCUUGUCAGCCUGCUCCAGGAUCCUAUUCAUUACCGAUUCUCAGCCUCUCAAUUCCACUGUUGUUUCCUAGGCCUUAUUAUUACCAAUAACAGACAUAAUUUUUCAUUUUUUGUUGCUUCCUUCUCAUCUUCCUAAACUCUGCAUGUUAAAGUAUUAUAAUGUUUAGUUCUUAGACCUCUUCUGUUUUUAGUUGUCACUCCAUAGGUGUGACAUGGUUUUAAAUUCUACCUAUAUUUUAAUGCUUCUUUUAUUCUCAUUGUCUAUGGAAAUCUCUUCUGUGAAACCUAGUUUUAUAUAUCUAGUUUCCUACUUGAUACCUGCAGUUAGGCAUUAAUUUCUUAGUUACAGUUAGGUUUCCUGCAGUUUUUUUCACCUUAAUUAACAGAUACAGUUGCUGGCUAAAAAACCUCGAGUCUUCCUUGACAUUUUUUUCUUGAGUUUUUUCUCUAAGACCUCACACUUUCUAUUAAAAUUAAUCAUUUUGGUUAUAGCUUGGAAAAUAUCUAUACUUUUGUCUUUUCCUCCCACCAGCACUAUUGCUAUUCCCCCUUUACCUUGGAUUAUUGAAAAAUCCUCUUAACAACUCAUUGAUUUAGUGUUUGUUUUCCUUUAGUCUCUUUUACACACAGCUGCCAAAGUGAACUUUUAAAAACAUGUCUAUCCAUGCCAUUUCUGCUGAAAACUUUCCAGUGGCUCCCUGUCUUACUCAGAGUUACAGAGAAUCAUUGUAACCUCUGAAUUCCAAUGUGGUCUGUUCCUUUUUAUUUCUUUGUUAAUUUAUCCUGCUACUACUCUCUUGUCUUUGACUCAUUUGCUGGCUUCCUGAGUGUCUGUAGAAAACUCUAGAUGUGCCCUUGUCUUGAGGGUUUCACACUUGGGAUAUUUCUUCCUGGAUUUGUUUCUCUUCCAAUAUUGGAACAGCUUCUCCCUUUCCCUUCCUUUUAAAAUGCCCGCUGUUUAAGGAGACCUUGCAUAGCCACCCAGUCUUAAUUUUCAUGCUGCCGGUCAUUCCCUGACACUUGUUGGACCUUUUUCCUGCUUUAUUUACAUACCUUUCCUUAUAUAUUGUGUUGUACUCAUUAGCUCCUUUGUUAUAUCACUUUCCACUGGAAUGUAAGCUUCACAAGAGCGGGAUAUUUAUCAUUUUUAUUCAGUGCUAUAUUCCCAGUGCCAAAAAUAAGUCUGGUAAGUAGUAUCUCAUAUUUGCAUUUGCAAGAGUGCGUAAAUGAAAACCAAGUGUUCUGUUGUUGCAUAGACAUGCAUUUGCUUAUUAGGAACUGGCAUGAGUACAGUGACCUUGCUGAAUUACAGUUUAUAAGUUUUAAAAAUAUUUUCCUUGUAAAUGAUGAUACUCUCUGACAAUGAAAGUUAUAAUUUUCCUUUUCUAACCCUCAAAAAUUUUCUUUUCUUAUUUUAUAUGUUGUUUAUGAUCUUCAAAAAAUAGUUAAGUAGAAGUAGUUACAACAGGCACUUAUCCUUUUUAUGAUUUUUAAAGGGAAUGCCUCUGAAGUUUCAACAGAAGGAAUAUUUAUUGUCUUUGAUACAUAUUCUUUAUCAGGAUUUUUAAAAAGGACCCCUUUAACCACAUUUGCUAAGUUUGUGAUUUAUCAUGAAUAUACAUUCUUCUGGUAAUAAGUGAAUGAUAAAAUUUAAAAUUAUUUUUAAGUAUUGUGAUUGUAUAUCAUUAUUGUAGAUUAAAUUUUCUGCUUUUUAGAUGAUUUUUCUCUAAAAAUACUUUAAUGUGGCAAAUGACAUUAUGAAUUUUCUACAGUAAACAUCCUCUCUAGGAUAAAGUUAAUAUUUCUUUCACAUUAUUUGAUUAAUGUAUUACUAUAUCUAUUUUUAUUAAUAUGUUAUUUUAUGAUUAAAACUGGUUGGUCUUUAAUUUCUCUAUAGUUACUGCCUUAUGAUUUUUGUAUAGAGGGAAUACUUCUUUUCUGUUCUUUGAAAGAGUUUUUAUCCUAUUGAAGACCUGUCCUUAAAAAGUAUAGCAAAAAUCUUCUGUAGAACUAAUUGGAACUGUUAUGG